ACCUUAAUUUUGUUUUGCGCAUGCGCACUUGCCUUUGUUUAUUGAAAAACGGAGCGCGGUAACAGAUGAGUCAACGAACAAAAACAGCGAAUGCAUCACAUUUUUGUAGGAAAUAAUACAUUUUGGACGUUUUAUUUGUUCUUGCAGAGCCACCAAAGGGGCUGCAUGUCUGAGACAGACAGCCAGAUGCAGCCGUAGUUGUCUGAAGCUAACUACAGCGCCAAUAGCUGCAGCAACAUGUCACAUUGGAGCACCUUCGAAAGGGAGACGGAGAGAGAGACGAAGAAGCUGAUCAGAUGUAUCAGCGGGGUCCAAGACGAGGAAGACCAGAACUUCCAACUGGCCCUGAAAUUUGCAUGGUCCAAUUUCAAGUUCCAUCAGUAUCUGGACGCUGACAGUCAUAAAAUUCAACGCACGAUCAGUGGAAUCUAUGAAAAGCUGAUGGUCCACUCUGACUUGAGUAAAGCAGGGAGCUGGAGGAGACUGACUGACGACUUCCUGAACUCACCAUUACCUAAUACCCAAGGAACGAAGACAGAUAUCCACUACAGUAUCCUGUCGCUGCUGCUUUUCUUAUCAGAUUCCCCUUCAAACACAAACUUCACUGAGAGACCUAGGGUGAAAGAUGCUGAACCAGAAGACAACUUUGACUGGGCCAAGUAUCUCAUGGAAGGGGAGGAAAUAGACACUAGGCCGUUCCCAGAUACGCCAGAGUGGUCUGAGGACGAAAGCGAGGACAAUGACAGGCAGCAGCCAAUCAGCAGAGAGGACUCUGGGAUCCAGUUGGACAGAACCCCCCAGGAGGACCAUGACACCACCAGCAAGGUUGUCCCAGUCGCAUGGACAGUGGGGGAACCAGACGCCCGGGCCUGGCUUGAACAGCAUGUAGUGACUCCGUACUGGGUCGCUCACGCUCCUCGUUUCCCUCACAGCUUGCACUUACACUCGAACUUGCUAAACGUUUGGGACCAGCACUUGUAUAACACCGAUCCUCUGUAUCUGCCAGAAGAAAAAGCCUUUGUCACAGAGACUCAAGUCAUACGGGAAACCUUGUGGCUUCUCUUCGGUGUGAAGAAACACUUUAUUUUCCAGCAUCAUGAUGGCAAAGUUUCUGUGAAGAAUAAUGUGGUGGUAACCCAUCUGACGAGUAACUGCCUGCACUCUGUGCUGGAGCACAUCGCCGUGUAUGGACAGGCGGUGUUCAGGCUGCAGAGGUUCAUAGACGAGGUGACGGGGCACAGCUCAGAACCCUGCCCACCGGGCUCAGGUUCAUCCCACAGCUACAGGAAGGGUUCAGAGCCUCCUUUCAGAACCUACCAGGCUUUUGUGUGGGCUCUUAACAAAUACUUUACCAGCUUUAAAGAAGAGCUGACCACCAUUGAGAGAGAAGUCAUCAGCAAUGAUGAGACGGUGACCCUGUCUGCAGUUCUGGAGCGUCUCAGCCCUCACCUGGCCCAAAUCAAAGUGCUUCACAAAGUCUUCUGCACGGGAGUCGCUGAAGUUCCCCCUGCCACCCCAAAUGUUGUGCGGGCCUCUCACCUGCUGAAUACUCUCUACAAGGCUAUCAUCGACUAUGACAGCGUUGGACAUGCAUCAGAGCAAGCGGUGGCUCUGCUAUUUUCUCUGUGGACAGAGACGGUCAGACCGUAUUUGGAGAUUGUGGAUGAGUGGAUUGUUCACGGCCAUUUGUUUGACCCUGCCAAAGAGUUCAUCAUCCAAAGAAAUAAGGAUGUCCCAGUAAACCACAGGGACUUCUGGUACGCCACCUACACCCUGUACAGCGUGUCAGAGAUGGUGGACAAUGAGGAAAAGCUGAACGAUGCAGCCAGUGGGAGCUCAGGAGGAGAUCAGGGGUCCAGCAACCGGCAGCUCACCAUGGUGUCCUUCCUCAAACCUGUGUUAAAGCAGAUCAUCAUGGCUGGGAAGUCCAUGCAGUUGCUCAAAAAUCUGCACUGUAAGGAGGCUGAGGAUUCUGAGAGAUCCUCCAGAGAUGCAGAGAGGAAGAGUUUGUACACGCUGUUUCUGGAGUCUGUGCAGUCCCGCCUGAGCAGCCCAGAGGAAUCCCCGACAGACAAGGUGACUGAACGGCAGGCCACUACGAGGAGUCUGAUAAAGAUGCAGUCCAUCAUGGCGCAGCACCUGGAGACCAACGACGUCCACGAUCCGCUUUUAGCCAUCAACUUUGCCAGACUCUACUUAGAGCAGAGCGACUUCCAUGAGCGUUUCUCUGGAGGCGACUUCAUCGUGGACCGCUCCUCUCAGUCAGUCACCUGCCAGACCUUCGAGCUGACCCUGCGCUCCUGCCUCUAUCCCCACAUCGAGAGGAGGUACAUUGAGUGCUGCGGGAACCUCAUGAAGACUCUGAAGAAAGACUACAAGCUGCUGGAAUACCUCCAAGCCAUGAGGAACUACUUCCUGCAGGAAGCCGGAGACACCAUGUAUGACUUUUACACCGCCAUCUUUGACAAGGUGCAGGAAAAGGAGAGCUGGCAGCAGCCUUCUUUUCUCAACGUGCUGCUGCAGGAGGCAGUGGGACAGCGCUACCCAGAGGACAGUAGCAGGUUGUCAGUUUUUUUAGAGCCUCUUGACCCAUCGAGGAAAAAGCACCCAGUGAAUAAUUUAGAGGUCCUGACCCUGAGUUACAAGGUGCCCUGGCCUGUAGACAUUGUGAUCAGCUCUGAGUGCCAGAAGAUUUACAACCAAGUGUUCCUUCUCCUGCUGCAGAUCAAAUGGGCCAAAUACAGUCUGGACACGCUACGAUUCAGUGAUUUUGCAGAAGUCACAAAGAAACUGGAAGGAUCUCCUGUUGAGGAAGCGAAGCUGAAACAACCAAUAAACCAGCAGAUUCACAGGAUGUGUCUACUGCGAGUUAAACUGAUGCACUUUGUCAACAGUCUCCACAACUACAUCAUGACCAGAAUUCUGCACAGCACUGGACUGGAGUUUCAGCACCAAGUUCAGGAAGCAAAAGACCUGGACCAGCUGAUCAAGAUCCAUUACAGAUACUUGGCAACUAUCCAUGACCGGUGUCUCCUGAGGGAAAAGGUCAGCUUCGUGAAAGAGGCGAUAAUGAAGGUUCUGAAUCUGGUCCUCAUCUUCUCAGACCGAUGGCAAGCUGGAUUUGGCGCUUGGAAGAUCGAGUCUAUUGAUAAGAUGGAGUCAGAUUUCAAAAACUGUCACAUGUUCCUGGUGACUAUACUUAAUAAAGCAGUUUGUCGGGGCUCUUUUCCUCAUUUGGAGUCCCUGGCCCUCUCUCUGAUGGCAGGAUUUGAGCAGUGCUGAUCAACCCUCCAUGUUUCACUCAUUCAUCACUUUGCCUUUGACUGCUGUUAAGUAGCCUCUGUGUUACUACAAUAGGCAGUACUUGUGUCUUUUAUUUGACUGCUGCCAAGAUCAGUAACUUAGGUCAGGUUCUGCUCAGACUGUUCGACAGUGAUUGGUAGGCAAGCUGUUCCUGAACAAACGAACAUCUGUAUUUAAAAAUACUUUUUGUAUGAUAUGUUUUAAUAUAAAUUGUCAUGUUAAAUGUAAGUAAUGGGUAUGUAUAUAUAUAUAUAUAUGUGUAAGCACAAAUAAAAUGUAUGCGUAGAAAAGGCACAAAAAAUUACAAUGUUUUUGGAAAGCAACAGAAGGUAGAAAACCUGUCAGGGCUUAUAAAAACAAGUUUUAUUUAAAUAUAUACUACUGUAGAAAAAAGGGUAUCUGUAAACUCAUAAACCUAAAAUCCAAAUAUUAAGCCAGAACAAAAUCAUCAUAAUUAAUACUGAUUUGCCCUAAAUUUGUAUGAUUUGAUCUUUAAUUGCCAUCUUUAUUUAUCUUUUUAAAAAGUUGCAUCACAUUCAUUUUGUGUAGGACUUUUAGUUCUGACUGAAAUAUAUGAAGAUUAUGUGCUGUGGCAGAAUUACAAGCUCCAUGAUGCAGGAACUGGUCUGAAGUUGAUUACACACUGUAGGCCUCAGAGUUAGGUUACCCUGGUUUUAUUAAAGGACUCAAGCUAUGUGUCACACCAAUUUAAGUUGACAGAAUUACAUUCACUUUACUUAACCUAUCAAAUACAGUUAUUAGGAGAAUAAAUUGUUGUUUUUUAUAUUUGA